AUGUAACAACCGUCCGAAACUAAACAAUCGAUUUAAAGUGGCAGGAUGGUCUUACACCCAUCUCUAAAGUUAGAUAAAUCAGCUGCGUUUUUCAAAAGCACUAGAGUUUAGUUCAUGCUCUUAUGUAAGAAUGAAAUAAGGCAAUCCACGAAGCUGGUUCCCUUUUAUGAGAUCGCCAAUAAAACUCCAGCUGAACAUGAAAUUAAAUCUACAUAUACAACUUCGUCUUAUGCGGAUGAUUAUAAAGUGAGACCCAAUUUGCAUGUUGGAUCUACUAAUAAACUAUUAGAGCCCUACAAUACAGGAUCAUUUAGAUCCAGAUUGCCUGAACCAGAUGCUCCAAUUUUAACUAAAAAUGCCUCUCAAAUCGAAUUAGGAGAUAGACAUUUCAAUGUAAAAAGACAUUUCUUAAGCACUGCUCAUAAUGUCUAUGGAAAUUUUGGAAAGUAGGGAAAUAUUACAAAUCCAGGAAUAUUAUCAGAGAAAACUAAAUGGCAUCAUCAUUUAUAAUAAAAAUGA